UUUUGGCAGUGUUCAAAAAUUAAUUUAUAAUCUUACUGAAGUUCAAAAAUAUUUUAGUUGAUUUUUCAUACUUUUAUUAAACCUCUUAUAGAAGCGUGUAAUUUUCUGUAAAUAUGUAAUAAUGGAUCUUAUUCGUAGUUCGUAUUUUGGAAAUAGGGUUCGAAAAUAUGAAGACAAUUGUAUUUUUUUUUUAAUACUACUUUACACUUUUUAAGGACCGAAAGUAACAGCCCGAUGAAGGGUAGGUUUUGAAUAUAUCCUGGCAACAUUACUAAUGUCUUUAAAAAAUGCACUUUAUACAACGGAGAGGAAUAAAACUUUUUUUCCAGAGCGUAUUCAUCAAAUUACAAGUUAAGAAUUUUUUGAAGAAUGGAUGAAGAUCGAUAAACGUAAUUGAAAUGUUAACCUCUAUAGCUUUCUUAAGCCAAAAUUUAAGCUAUAUCUUUCCUAUACCCCGUCCAAAAUCGCAAGUUUUUUAUAGAAUUAUUUUAAUGUGUAAAUAACUUAAAAAUAUACUUAUUUGAAUGCGGAAAAAUUGUGGGAGACAAGUAACGAGCAUUCCUGAAUUGUAUAUCCUUUUAUUCCAAGUGCUUGGAAAAUUAUUGGAAGGUCUUUGGAUCCCUACACUUAUGUUGUACACUCAGCACCGUCGCGACGGCGGAAAUAUCUAGAACACUUUUAUGCCAUUAUCCCGUAAGGGGAUACUUGUAUGAUUUGAGACUAAUUAAUGUCGAAUUGUAGUACCUCGAGGACUAAUCCGCGAAUCCUCUCUUUAGAGAAUAGCCGCACAAUUUUUGGCUGGGUAAUGUUUGAGUAUGUGUUUGGAUAUAUCGCAAGACCUUUCUGUUUGUGUUAAGAAUAAUUUCGAUGUUAACUGUACGCCUAAACGCGUGCUAUGAAAUGGGAUAUGCUGUUAUGGAAACGUUGUUGACCGCCCACUUUUUUGCUGCAAUGGACUGCAUGUGUUUUUACAAGAAAUUGAUGCGAUUUUAAUUGAGUGUUAUAUUCGUUUGGCAUAAAACAUAGCGAGAAAUAGACUUAUGUUAAGCGAGAAACGCAUUUCGUGUUAAAAAUCUGACUGAAGCGGACACAGAAAACAGAGAGAAAACUUUCAGGUGAAAAUUCAAAAAUAAAUAAUUUAAGGAAAAGUAGUAAACAGAUGAAGUUAUGUAUAUUAUAUUUUGAUUUGAUAAAGGUACAUUUUCUUCGUCCGUUUGAAGGUGGAGAUCCAAGACCUCAUAAUGCCAUACGCAUAGUGUGCUCGUAAUUUUUUUCUCUUAAGUAAAAAUUUCUAUCAAUUUAAAAUCAUUUUUGGACCUUAUAUCUACAACUUCAAAUCGAUAUGAAAAAAUCAUAACCAACUUUUACAACUACUGUGCAUAUUUUGACCACCUUAAUGAAUACACUUUGUAGUCACUUUUUGAGUGUUUGAAUUAAAUAAACUAAAUAAAUUUUAAGUAAAAAUCAAUAUUACUUGUAUAACACAGCACUAUGGGCGCUGCAAAGCUAAGACUCAAUGACAUCGACCAGUCCGUAUCGCCAUUUUAUGCUGCGGUCAAGCGUACUUGGAAGGAAUUUUGUACUUGCAGCAGCAUACAUGGAUUAAAAUAUACGCAAGAUAGGGAUACAGGCAAAUUGGUGCGUUUCGUUUGGCUGCUCAUUACUCUAGCUAUGCUCGCCUGCGCCAUUACAAUGGUAAUCACAUUUUAUCUCGACUAUCGCAGCAAUCCGACACGCAUGAGUAUUGAAAAAGAUACCGCUCCAGUUGAGAGUCUAACCUUUCCAGCGGUAACCAUCUGUCCUGAAGUAUUAUAUAAUGUUGCACAGACAAAACGAUAUCUAGAGGCGUUAAACCUCCCCUCCGGUUCCAAUAUUACUCAAAUUUUUAACUCCUUGAGCAUUAUGUAUGGCUUCCUAAAUGACGACAAUAAGCCUAAUACUGGGUAUAUUGAAUUGCUACAAACAUUGAUAGACUUGAAUAACAUAACUAUUCAGGAUUUCAUUGGAAAUUUGCAAUGGAAAUGUGAGGAUAUAUUUUUCCGCUGCCGUUUUCAACGGCAAUCUGUGGAUUGUAUGCAGAUCUUCCAAAGAUCACGCACCGUUUUUGGCUAUUGUUGCUCAUUCAAUCUCAACCUAGAAGGCCUCAACUAUACGGGCGCUCACACACGUUCAGGUCUCUACGAUGGUCUUUCCAUAAUACUUCAUCAAAAUGGCACUGGAUAUGAUGUACAAGAAAACUCAGUUGGCUUCAAGGUGCUAAUCACUGAAAACGAUGUAUUUCCCAGCGCUGGUUCUAUUAUUAAAUUCGUAUCACCGAAACAAGAAAAUUUUCUGGGUAUUAGCCCGAUAGAGACUUAUUGCUCAUCGGCUGUUAAACAGCUUCCGAUAGAAGAGCGUCAAUGUGUACUACCGCAUGAGUUUACACUCAAAUAUUUUGCAAGAUAUGUCGGCAACAAUUGUGAGGCGGAAUUCCGUGCGCAAAAUAUGAUUGAAACAUGUGGUUGUCUUACGUUUUUCUUUUACUCAAAUCGUACAGAGCAACGUGUGUGUUCUUUCAAAGAUAUCCCGUGUUUGGUGAGCAAUUUUGGAUCUAUAAUAGGGAGAUUUAAUGCUUCGAGCUCGCUUUGCCCGAAUAGUUGCGAAUUAAUGGAUUUUAAUGUGGAACUGACGAAUUCGGAGCUAUGGAUAGAUAUCCCAACGGUGGAUGAAUUCUACAAAGGUAUUCAAAGCAAUCAUUCCGUAGUUCAUAUCUUCUUUAACAGUCAAAUAUAUCGGCGUUUAAGGCGAGAUCAACUCUCAAAUAUGCUGGCUCUGAUUUCUAAUUUGGGCAGUGCCUUCAGUUUAUUUGUUGGUAUAAGUUUGAUAUCAAUAGUUGAAAUUUUCUACUACCUAACUGUUAUAUUGAGAAAGUUCUACAUACAAGAGGUAAUGACACGUAAAAGGCUGCGCGUAAUAAAACUAAAACACAGUUGGUAAAAUGAAAUUGUGAAUGCGCAAAUAUUCAGGAUUUCAACUCGAAAGCACUUACGAUCUAUACAAUGACAGCUUAAACUCCUAGUUGUUCUAAAAGUUUAGAUAAACAGUAAAUUUAAAAUAAAGACAACAGCUAGAAUUCCAGUUCUUUAUUGAGUUCAGAUAAAAAAAAAAAAAACAGAUUCAAAGUUCAUUUCAAAUUUUAGUUUGUGAAGUUUAAAACGAAACUGACCAAGUAAGAUACAAAAUCAAAGUCAAAAUAUAAGUCGAAAGUCCCAAGUUGAAAUUAAAGUCAAGGCAAAAAGCUUUAGUAUAAGUACAAACAGUACUUAGUAAGAGUACAAAUAAAAAUACGACCUCAAAGAAAAGAUCUUUAAAUUAAAAAUUAAAGUCAAAAUCUUACUUAAAGAUAAUUCCAUAGUCAAAGUAAAAGUCGACCCAAAAUUCGCGGAAUGAAAUUCGAAGUAAACUCGAAAUUAACAUCAAAAUUUAUUGCUUAAAAAGUCAAAAUCCGAAUCAACUUCAAUUUGAAAGGCAAAGCAGAAUUCGAAGUCCAAUCAGAGUUAAAAUCAAAGCCAAGUCAAAUUUGAAAACAAAAAUACGGAGAAAAUUCCAAAGCUGAAUUCGAAGUCCGAACAGAGUCAAAAUAAAAGUUAAAUCAAAGAUUACGACUUAAACUAGGAAAGAAUACUUUACGUCAAAAUCAAAAUCGGAAUCUAAGUUAAAAUCUUAUUUAAACCUAAAGAGCAGAGUUAACUUCUCCCGCAUGUAUUUAUGUUAAAAUCGAAGUCUAAACUAAAGUCAUAUCAAAACUUAAUUAUAAGUAUUGAAGUAAAAGUUUGAGUAGAAAUCAUGACCGACAUUGUUAAGUCGAAGUUCAAAUGAAACUAAAAAAAUCAAAAUUUAA